AUGUUUUCUUACUUAUUUACAUUAUCUUUUUCGCAGUUUCUAAAUCACGCCCAAAUUAAAGGUGAUAUUGUUGCCCCAUGGAAUAAAACUUCAAUAAUUGCGGAAACUCUAUCUUUCUUGCAAGAUAUUGAUCACUCACUUUAUUGGGAUUACUUAGAACAAAUACAGCAACUUAAAAAACAACCAAAAACGAUUGAUGAUGUAUUAUCUACAAUGAAAGACUUCUUAGAUUAUGAACAAUUCCAACUUUUAAAUAUAUCACUUCAAAUUCAUUACUACAGUCCACGAGUUCAAAACAAUAGAGCGCUUGGUGAAGAUUCUCGUGGCUCAAACGUUCGUUGCAAUAAUGCUAUUAUACAAAAUAUCGAUGAAUUACCUGAAUGUAACUCAGAAUUUUUCGAAUAUGAACCAGUAUAUGGAUCUGGCAAGUCAAAAUAUAUCUUAUAUGCCGAUGUUGAUUCGAAUGAUUGGAUUAAUCUUUACACAAAUCUUUUAUCAAAAGAUUCUCAAUUGAAAUUUGUUCUUAGAGCAUAUGGACACUCCACAGAACAAAUGGUUCUUUCCGGGUAUGGUGCUCAACUCAAACCAUUUAAGUAUUCAAUGGAGUUUAAAGUUGGAGAUCAAAGAAAGAAGAUAAAAGCAACAACAAAAGCGAAACCAGCAAAAACAUUUGAAGAUAUCGGUCUAAAAGUCAACUUAAAUGAUGUCAAAAGAAGCAAAAAGACCAGGAUUUCAACACAAAUAAUAAAAUUUAUUAAAGAAUCGAAAGAUCCUCUGAAGGCCAUAUCAGAAUUAACCCAGAAUUAUCCAGUCCUUCUUCCUCAGCUCAAAAACAUCACAGCUACAGAAGAUGAUGCAAAACAAAUUCAAAGAAUGGUUCAGUUCAUCGGACCAGGAGCAACAGCAUUAUUUGUCAAUGGCCGCAAACUUACCGGUUACGAUCUUAACGCUUUUACUGUCUACCAAACACUUCUUGACGAAUAUAAUUUUCAUACAACUCUCAAACGCGUUUUUGACGUAAAUGAAGAGUCGUUAAAUAAUUAUGAGCGCGCAGGACAUACUCCUAAACCUGCACAGCAAGCAAUUAUUGACUUGAGACAUCCAGAUUUCUUAUAUUGGGUGAAUGACCUUGAAAAAGACGAGAAAUACGUAGAGAAAUAUUCAAAGUCCCUCAUAACAUUUGUAAGCGACAGUGAAAACUGGCCACAAGUCGCAAGAAAUGUUGCGAAUGUUAUAUUUUUACUUGAUCCAGCCGAAACAGAAGAUAUGGAUGUAAUAGCAUUCAUAGAUGACCUUGUUGAAGUCCAAUACCCAGUCAGAUUCGGCUACAUCAUUGUUCCGAAGCACAAUUCCGCGAUGUCGAAGAAAAUCUACUAUGCCUACGCCCAUUUAGCUCAAAAAUACGGAAUCCAUGUUGCCCACAAGUUUUUGUUGCGUGUUAAUGAUCAGCGCUCAUAUUUAGAUGAGAAAACAAGGAAACGCGGUCCGAUUAAAUCAUCAUUUUGGAAAACAGCUUUUUCAGCUGUUGCGACACAAAGAAGUUCCCCAUCUUUCGACAAAAUGACUGAUUUCUACAAACCAUCAUCCGCUGAAUCGAUUUUCCUUUCUCGUCUCAAGAAACACAUCAGUAGAGUUGGUGUUUCCGCUCCUGCAAUCAUCUUGAAUGGAAUGAUUGUUGAAGCUCCACAUCCUGAGACAUAUUUGAACUCAUUUUUGAAGGAAGAACUGAAGCAAGUCCGUGAAUUAAUGGGCAACCAAAAGAUCUAUGAAGAUACAGUAGAUAUCCAUAAUGCAAUAUUAAAGGCAAGGAACGCGAUGUUGAGAUUUAAUCCUUUAGUUCAAAAAACGAGAAAUGAAUUUACAGAAACUUUAGAUAUCGGAAGACAAAACGCGAACAACCAAAGGAUAUUCGCGAAAUGGAUGACAGAGAUCAAAUAUCAACAUGGAUCUUCUUUCAAUGUGAAGAACCAAACGAGUUGGCUGUUCUUGAAUACAGAUGACGAACAAUGUCUCAACGAAUUAGAAAUGUACACAGCAGAAAUAAUGAACAAAGAAAGCUCAAGAAUUUCUGUUUUCAAGAAAGAUGAAUUACCUAAUGAAAUCAUCCAGAACAUCAUUGGUAUUCCUCCUAACAAGAUCACCGUCGUUUUCAAUGGAAGGAUUGUCCGUUUCGAUCCAGACCAAUUCACAAGAUAUGAUUUACAACUUUUGGAGAUGUGCGAACAAAGUUAUUCAACGAGUUUCGCAAUGAAAUACUUGAAAUUAUCACAGAAUUCUCGAUCAUUAGGACAAUCAAGGACACACAGAGAACUCAGUGAUUCAUUGUUAUACAUGUUGUUGCAUGUAUCUCAUUUGGCACAUAACAACAUGUUACACACUGGUUCUCCGAUUUCUGCUUUCGAACCUGGACCUUUAAAUGUAUUUCGAUCUAAACUGAAACAAAACACAGAGUUGUCGAUAUACGCAUCGAUUGAUCCUUUCUCGUUUGAUGGACAAAGAUUGGCAAGUUUGUCUUCUUUGCUCGGAAAUCUUUCUUUCAGUUUCAUUGUCAAUCCUCCUCCUUCUAUUGAGAAAGAACAUUUAGAAUCGUUGAGUUGUUUCUAUCGAUUUUCAACAGAUUCUAAAGGAUUUUCUUUUGAAUACAUGAACAGUUCUACGACAUAUUCAUUAGUUGAUGAUGUCCCAUCGUCAUGGCAAACUAUUCGAACAGUCAGCAACUUCGAUAUCGACAACAUUGUCGCAGAUGAUUUCGAGAAAGGAACUCACAAAGUUCGAUUUGAUUUGAAAUCAUUAGUUGUUGAAGGCUGCGAAUCGGACAAAAACGGACGAAUUGUUCCUGCCGUUGAAUACUCAUUGUACAACAGUAAGAACGAGUUUGUUGAUGAGACAAGAGUUAUCCAAUCUAAUGGCUACUGGCAAUUGAUGGCAGUUCCAGGAAUGUACAGAGUUAGAACUAAUGCUGAUGAUGAAUUUAAAGUUGUCGUUGAUUCAUUCAUUCAUAAAUUCGAGUUCAGAGAAUCUAAGCCAGAUCCAUAUGUUGCUACGAACAGAUCUAAGAUUGAUGAUGGCAAGAUCCACAUCUUCUAUGUUGCAUCCGGACAUUUGUAUGAGCGAUUGAUGCGAAUUUCUAUUUUGUCAGUUGUUAAACACACGAAAUCUCCAGUUAAAUUGUGGUUACUUGAGAAUUUCGCAUCACCAAACUUCAGAAACUCACUGAAAGAAUUCUCUGAGAAAUACAAAUUCGAAUACGAGUUCUGCUCAUACAAAUGGCCACGAUGGUUACCACGCGAAGAAGCGAGACAAAGAACAUUCUGGGGUUAUAAAAUCUUGUUCUUGGAUGUCAUGUUUCCUAAUGAUUUGCGCCGCGUCAUUUAUAUUGAUAGUGACCAAAUCAUCAGAACAGACAUGCGCGAGCUUAUGACGAUGGACUUUGAAGGUAAGCCAUACGCAUUCACACCAUUCUGCAACGACCGACCAGAAAUGCAAGAAUACAGGUUCUGGGAAAUCGGAUAUUGGCAGAACUUGCUGAACGGAAAGCCAUACCACAUCUCCGCUUUGUUUGCCGUUGACCUUCCGGAGUAUAGAUCUCUCGAUGUUGGCGGAAUGAUGAGGAAAGGAUACAUGGAUCUUCACAACGACAAAGAGAGUUUGAGUAACUUGGAUCAAGACCUUCCAAACAUGAUGCAGAAUAGAGGUGCACCUAUCUUCUCGUUACCACAAGAAUGGUUGUGGUGUGGAUCAUGGUGCAGUGAUGAAACGAUGAAGAAAGCGAAAACUAUUGAUCUGUGCAAUAAUCCACGAACUAAAGUUGGAAAACUUGAAUAUGCUAAAGAAACGAUCCCAGAGUGGAUACCGUAUGAUGAAGAGGCAAAUGGAGUCUUUUCUAAAGAGUUGUAA